GUGUGUUUUAAUUGUCGAAAGGAAGGUCACAUGGUUGCCGACUGUCCUGAGAAAAACAAAGGACAAGGAAUGGGAAUCUGUUUUAAAUGUGGCUCUACUGAACAUGGAGUUAAUGAAUGUCGUUCUAAAGUCAAAUCAGGUUUGUAUGACUUUCCAUAUGCUACUUGUUUUAUUUGUCAUGAAAAAGGUCAUUUAUCAAAACAGUGUCCAGAUAAUCCUAGAGGGCUUUAUCCAAAUGGUGGUUGUUGUAAAGAAUGUGGAUCAGUUGAACAUUUUAGACGAGAUUGUCCAGAAUUACAGAAACAACAUGGUAUGUGUAGGGCCAUCAUUUCAUAG